GCUUCCACAAUAGCUUUUUUGACUUUCAUAGCUUAUUGAACCCAAUAAGCUCUUGAAAAAGCGCAUACUAUGUAUGCUCUUAGAGAAAGUUAUACUAUCAAUUUCAAUUCUUGAAACAAUAAGAUAUGAUUUAUAACCAAACAAUGAAAUACAGAACUGCUAACGGAGCUCGCAAGAAGAGAAAAGGAAGCAGGUAUCACCCCAGAAGCUGAAGUAGAUCUUUACAUGAAGGCAACUGCCAUUGAAGCAGAUGAGAGUAGUUUGAUUACUUACUACACUCUAAGAAUAUUGGGCCUAGAUAUAUGCCGUGACACAUUAGUUGGAGAUCAAAUGAGACGAGGUAUCUCCGGAGGACAAAAGAAGCGUGUAACCACAGGUGAGAUGCUUGUAGGACCCGCAAAAACUUUGUUUAUGGAUGAGAUAUCAACAGGUCUAGACAGUUCCACUACAUUUCAGCUAGUCAAGUGCUUGCAGCAAAUUGUACACCUCACCAACUCAACAAUCUUCAUGUCCCUACUACAACCUGCCCCCGAGACAUUCGAUCUAUUCGAUGACAUCAUCCUUCUAUCCGAGGGCCAGAUCGUGUAUCAGGGCCCACGGGAAAAUGUUCUUGAGUUCUUUGAGAGUUGUGGAUUCAUAUGUCCAGAGAGAAAGUGCAUUGCUGACUUCUUGCAAGAGGUUACAUCUAAGAAGGACCAACAACAAUAUUGGGCAGAUAAAACAAAACCAUACAGAUAUAUACCAGUUGGUGAAUUUAAUGAAAAAUUAAAGUGUUUCCAUGUGGGGGAGAAGCUGAAAAAAGAGUUGUCAAUUCCAUACGACAAAAGCGAAAGCCAUAACGCUGCUCUAGUUUUUGAAAAAUACUUAGUCCCCAAAAUGGAGCUCCUUAAAGCCUCAUGGGAUAAAGAGUUGCUACUAAUGAAGGGAAACACUUUCAUUUACAUUUUCAAGUCUAUACAAAUCGUGUUUGUAGCAUUUAUUGCCACAACUUUAUAUCUUAGGACCACAAUGCACCACAGGAAUGAACAAGAUGGUGCGAUUUAUGUAGGGGCACUUUUGAACAGUCUGCUCAUCAACAUGUUUAAUGGGUUUGCUGAUCUGUCACUAAUAAUCAUGAGACUUCCAGUAAUUUACAAGCAAAGGGACCUCAUGUUCCACCCUUCAUGGGCUUUCACUCUUCCAGCUUUCUUGCUACGUAUUCCUAUAUCUAUGCUUGAGAGUAUUAUGUGGUGUGGGAUUUUAUACUUUGGUGUUGACCUCGCCCCUGAUGCUGGCAGGUGGACGGUUCUUCAAGUAUCUUCUGUUGGUUUUCUUGAUCCAGAAUGUGGCAGUUGGGCUGUUUAG